AUGCAUGCGGGGCUGCUGACGAGAGGAGGCGAAGCAAAAGUACAGAUUGUUGCAGCACCAGCAGAGUUUGAAGGAAUCAAUAGAAACGGCAUUCGCUCAGACAGCAGACUCAUAAACAAUAAAAAAGAAAAAGCUUUCAUACUCAAACCUGCUAACAAUAACUGCAACAGGGAGACAGUGGAAAGCAGCAACAGCAGCAGCAGCAGCGGCAGCAGCAGCAACAUUAGCAGCAGCAGCAGCAGCAGCAACGUUAGCAGCAGCAAUAUUAGCAGCAGCAACAGCAGCAACAGCGGCAGCAGCAACAGCAGCAGCAGCAGCAGCAGCAAGAGUUUUAUAGAGUUGUAUUCUUCUGAUGAAGCGACAUCAACUCUGAAGGCCACGGAAACAUCUCCUCAAGAAAAUGAAAAAAUAAAUGCUGCAGCAGAAACAGCACAGUUUGCAGCAGCAACAGCAGCAGCAGCAGCAACAGCAGCAGCACCAACAGCAACUCUAACACAGCCAGCACCAGCUGCAGCAGGAGCACCACCACCAGCAGCAGCAGCAGCAGCAGCAGCAGCAGGACCAAGAGGGGGAGACCCCUCUCCUGCUGGUGUUUUGUUUGCUAACGAAGAAAUAAAUGAAGCUACAACAACCGCCAUCAAUGAUUUGUCUCUGAUCCUAUCGCACCGUCUGGGUGGGCUUGACGAGGAUGCAGCAGAACAUAUUCGUCUUGCAGCAACAAAAGUAAAAAAAUAA